CUCCUACUGCAGGCAUGUCCCACGCACACAACCAAACCGCUAGUAAAACACACGAAAGCAGGAAGGAUCCAGCACGAGUCAUUUUCAGUGGUAAACAUUGCAUGAAGUUGAUGAAGUUAAUGGAUAUAGACAGAGAAUGAUCGCUGUCUGCUUCACGACAGGAUUCACGACGUUCAUUAUAUCUCCCAGCUCUUCUCUUUUCGACGCUUUGUGAAGGUCAGUGAUGAUGCCUAUUUUCUUCAGGCCUGUAAUGUUAAGCAGUAAGAUGUUUCUGCUGUUGACGGUCAUGUUGGUUUCACCUGCUGGUUGUAUGAAAGAUAAAGGCAGCACUGGUGACGUUGAGUGUGUUUGCGAGGGGUUAUCAUGCGAUGAUGUCCAGCAUUGUUUGGGCUUGCAGUGUUUCUCCUCCCUGUCUUCCGAGAACGGGACAGCCUUUCAGCAGAAAGGAUGCAUUGUGGGUAGUGAAGAAGUGGCAAUGCGCUGCAAAAACUCCCAGACUGUGGACAUGCUGAUGCACUGUUGCAAGGAAACAUUGUGCAAUAUGAAUGUUACAUUGGAGAUGCCAAGUACAGAUGAGGAGUUAAGGGUAGCACCUACAGAGCAUGAAUGUGUGUGUGAGGGUCGAUCAUGUGCAGCAGGGGACCGCUGUAAGGGUCAGCAGUGUUUCUCCUCUUUGACACUGAGUGAUGGGACACCAGUGUCACAGAAGGGCUGUUUUAAGGUGUAUGAACAGGGAAGGAUGACCUGUAAAACACCUCCGUCACCUGACCAGAUAGUGGAGUGCUGUCAGGCUCAUCUGUGCAACAUGAACCUCACUGUGAGACUUCCUGUACGAGUGGUGGAGGGCCCCAACUAUAGUGUGACAACGCUGACCAUUGUGAUUGUGGCUCCAGUCUUCGUUCUGAUAUUCCUGUCUGGUGUAGCUAUCCUGAUCUUCCGUUGUAUUCACCAUCACCAGAUGGAGCAUCUGACUGCUCAUGAUGCAGAGUAUGGCCCCAUCGAUGGUCUGAUUGCAUCUAAUGUGGGAGAGAGCACACUCGCGGAUCUGUUGGAUCAUUCCUGUACAUCUGGUAGUGGCUCUGGACUACCUUUCCUGGUUCAGAGAACAGUAGCCAGACAGAUCACUCUCAGCGAGUGUGUUGGUAAAGGUCGAUAUGGAGAGGUUUGGAGAGGUCAGUGGCAGGGAGAAAGUGUGGCUGUUAAAAUAUUCUCAUCCCGAGAUGAGAAAUCCUGGUUCAGAGAGACCGAAAUCUACAACACUGUCCUGCUUCGACACGAUAACAUUCUGGGCUUUAUUGCAUCUGAUAUGACAUCGCGUAACUCCAGCACUCAAUUAUGGCUAAUCACACAUUUUCAUGAGAUGGGCUCUCUCUAUGAUUACCUGCAACUCAGCAUGCUGGAUGCUUCUGCUUGUUUGCGAAUGGCACUCUCGAUUGCCAGUGGCCUGGCCCAUCUGCACGUGGAGAUAUUUGGCACACAGGGCAAACCAGCCAUUGCUCACAGAGACCUAAAGAGCAAAAAUAUUUUAGUGAACAAAAACGGCCAGUGCUGCAUUGCAGACCUUGGUCUCGCCGUGAUGCAUUUUCAGGACACAAAUGAGCUGGACGUAGGGAAUAAUCCUAAAGUUGGGACCAAGCGAUACAUGGCCCCUGAGGUUCUGGAUGACUCUAUUCAGACAGAUUGCUUUGAGUCUUACAAACGAGUCGAUAUCUGGGCCUUUGGACUUGUACUGUGGGAAAUUGCUAGAAGAACAGUUAGUAAUGGUAUUGUUGAAGAUUACAAGCCCCCAUUCCAUGACGUAGUGCCGAGUGACCCAAGCUUUGAGGACAUGAAGAAAGUGAUCUGCAUAGACCAACAGAGACCAAAUAUCCCAAACAGAUGGUUCUCAGACCCGACUUUAACAUCAAUCGUUAAACUUAUGAAGGAAUGCUGGUACCAGAACCCAUCAGCCAGACUUACAGCAUUACGCAUCAAAAAGACUCUGACAAAAAAUUCUUUGGACAAAAUCAAAGCGGACAUAUGAACUACUGCCUUAUGGGAGACCUUAAAAGCCUUUUUACUGCGCCCAGUUGAUGUCUCAUCUGGCAAACCAACCAGGAAAAAAAAGAUAAUCUGGGCUUAGUACUCUUGUAGAGGCACAUCAUAUUUAUUUUGAACUUAAAGUGGGGCAUAUUUGGCAUCCAAAAGACUGAAAGACUGCAGACUGCUUUUCAUAUGGGAGUUAUUUCUUUUAGCAGAUAGGAUUUUUGAAAAAUCACGUUCUGUCACAUUACAACAGCUGGGCAUUUGAAGAAACUGCUUUAGAGUUAGUUCACUCAAAAGUUGACAAACUUACACAUCAGACAGUUCUAGUUCAUAAUACAGCAACACUACUGCAGCCCUACAAAUGAUUUGACUGCAACCCUACAAAGAAAAGAGAAAUAGCUUUUCAUUUUGGCUCUCUAUCACUGUCAUUUAUAGUGUAAGUAGACCAUAAACACAAUACUCAAUCAGUCUGUCAUGAACAAAUGAUGAGUGUUAAGGUUGCACCUCAGUCUUUAUCUUGAUCCACCCUCUGUUGUCCAAUGUGUUAAAUCUGAAAAGUUUUUUAUCACUGCACAUUUAGCAUUAUGUAUUUGUUUUUUUGUUUGUUUCAUAUUGUCUGUAAAUAAAGAUGCUUAAGGAGUAAAACAACUUAAAUAAACCUACAAGAUCCCGAAUUCAAGAAACA